GCGUGUCAGACGUGGGGGAUGAGAAGAGCUCUGUCGGCCAUACCGAGGAGGGAAAGAAGGCAAGAAGGUGUAAAUUGAAGCACACCAGUAACAACAGUAGGCCUAUGGCUUCUAUAUGAAAAUACUGUUCAGAAAUAACGAUGGUGCAAAACUGUGCUGUUGUUGGAUGUUCAAACAAGCGUGACAAGGAGACAACUCAUCUCGGCUUUCACAAGUUCCCUUUCUCAGAUCCGGAACGACUGCAAAAAUGGAUCCAUCUCGUUUCUCGCAAAGAUGCCCACGGAAAGCUCUGGUUUCCCUCAAAAAGUGCGAGAAUAUGCAGCGAUCAUUUUCUCCUAGAAGAUUAUGAGCUCGACACGCAGAACAAAGUUCUACGGGCAACUGCUGUGCCGUCAAAGUUCCCCUGUCGCCCUGGUCAGAGUCCAGGUCAGAGUCAACGAGUUCGAAAGCCGUCAUAGAGAUUGAAACGUCCUUUCAGCAAUGUUGAAAUAGCUUGUAGCAGCAGCACCGAAGCUCCAGACCAUGAGCUUGACCCUCAGAAGAAAGUUCCAGGAACAACUGCAGAGACGUCCAAGUUCCCAUGUCACCCUGCUCAGAAACAAUCGGCUAAAAAAUCGCAGAAGAAAUCUGAAAUAGAAUUUCCUUUUACUAAUGUUAAAGUUGAAGUCAGCAGAAGCGCCGAAACCCCAGAGGAUGAGCUUGAUACACAGGAGGAAGUCCUUGGAAUAAACACAACGCCAUCGCCAUUCCCAUAUCACCCCGCUCAGAUGAAACAGUCAGUUCAAAAGAAGACACCAACAUCUAAAAACAAUGGUUGUUUUAACAAUGUUGAGGCUAGCAGUAGCCCAGAAGCCCCAGAUGAUGAACUUAACGCACAGGAGGAAGUCCCAGGAAAAACUCUGGUACCAUCGCCAUUCCCAUUCUCACAUCACACACCUGCUCAGAAACAGUCAAUUGUUCAAAAGGCAUCAUGGAAAUCUGAAAACGAACAUCUUGUUAACAAAGUUGAAGCUUGUAGUGGAUCAGAAGCCCCUGAUGAUGAACUUAACACACAGGGGGAGAUCCCAGGAAAAACUCUAGUGCCAUCGCCAUUCUCUUUCCCAUAUCAAAAACAGUCAGUUCAAAAGAGGCCAUGGAAAUCUGAAAACGAAUAUCUUGUUAACAAAGUUGAAGCUUGUAGUGGAUCAGAAGGGUCAGAUGAUGAAUGUAUCACUCAGGAGGAGGAAGUCCAAGGAAAAACUCUAGUGCGAUCAGAGUUGUCAUGCCACCCUGCUCAGAUAGAAUUGGUUCAAAAGACACCAGGGAGACCUAAAAAAACCUGUCCUUGUCCUUCUGCUCAGAAAGAAUUCGUUGAAAAAGCACCAGGGAAACCUAAAAAAAAGCGUCCUUUCAACAUUGUUGUGGUAGAACCUAACGGUAGUACAGAAUCCUCAGACUCAGACGAUGAGCUUGACACGAAGGAGAAAAUGCCAGAAAAAACUGCAGCGGCAGCGGCAUCGCAGCUUCCUUCUUGUCAUUCUGCUCAGAAAGAAUUUGUUCGAGAGACACUAGGGGAAUCUCAAAGUAAACUUCCUGUCAACGUUUUUGUAGUGGAAGCUAGGAGUAGCUCAGAAGAAGCCUCAGAAGGUGAACAUGACGCACAGAAAAAAGUUCCAGAAAAAACUGACACAGUGCUCUUGCAGGCCCCAUGUCUCCCUGCUCAGCAGCAAUCAGCUGAAAAGACACAACGAAAGAGAUCUCGAAAGAAACGUCGUUUUGACAACGGUGAAUCUAGCAGUAACGUGGAAGCCCUAGAUGAAGAAACUGCUAAUCUCUUCAGCGAACACUCUUAUUUCAGACCACCUAAAGGUUUAGAGCUUAAUCUGAUGGAGGUGAUGGUAGCCCUUGAGAGAAGCAAAGCAAAAGUUAAGAGUCACAGCAGAACGAUCAAAUGCUUGCGUCAAAGGCUCAUGAGAAGAGACACCACAAUUGCCAGCAUGACGGAGGAAUUGGAGUCUUUGAGGAAGAGGCUCUCCCCCGAUGAGCAAAAUCCUGUGAAAUGAAACCUUUAAUAAAGGAUACUUUUGUGCUGAUUCAAAACUAACAAAAGGUGAAGGCAGCAGAGACAA